GGAAUUUUCUAAUCAUGUGGAAAUCAGAGAACGAGUCAGUUGGGGGAAGAGAGUAUGGAGAUGGAGUCCUCAGUUCAAGUCAGCAUGGAGUUGAGACUAAUGGGUUCGAGCGAAAGGAUCAAUCAUGGUACGUUGCUUCAGAUAUUCCAAGUGAUGUUCUAUUACAAGUUGGAGAUGUUAGUUUCCACUUACACAAGUAUCCCUUGCUUUCUCGGAGUGGAAGGAUGAACAGACUCAUAUACGAGUCAAGGGAUGCAGAGCUGAAGAAGAUAAUAGUGGACGACCUUCCAGGUGGAGCUGAUGCAUUUGUGCUUGCAGCAAAAUUCUGCUAUGGGAUUGCAGUUGAUCUCACAGUUGCAAAUAUCUCAGGCCUUAGAUGUGCUGCAGAGUAUCUUGAGAUGACAGAGGAUUUAGAAGAAGGAAACCUCAUAUUCAAAACUGAAGCCUUUCUGAGUUAUGUGGUAUUGUCUUCAUGGAGAGACUCAAUUCUAGUGUUGAAGAGUUGUGAGCCACUCUCUCCAUGGGCAGAAAACCUCCAGAUUGUACGUAGGUGCAGCGAGUCCAUUGCUUGGAAGGCCUGUGCCAAUCCAAGAGGUAUCAGGUGGGCUUAUACAGGAAGACCCACAAAGGUCUCUAGUCCAAGCUGGAUUGAGAUGAAAGAAUCAAGUCCUAAUAGGAAUCAACAGGUUCCUCCAGAUUGGUGGUUUGAAGAUGUUUCAAUUCUCAGGAUUGAUCACUUUGUCAGGGUUAUUACAGCAAUCAAGGUGAAGGGAAUGAGAUUUGAGUUAAUUGGAGCUGCAAUUAUGCAUUAUGCAUCCAAAUGGCUCCCAGGAUUGAUAAAAGCAGGUAUGGCAGAGGAAGCAAGUAACAGCAGAGAUAAUAAUGAUAGUUGGAGAGAUGGGCUUCACAUGAUUGUUGCAGGAAACAAAGAUGAUCCACCAGGUGUUCCGAUCAGAGAACAAAGGAUGAUCAUUGAGAGUCUCAUUAGCAUAAUCCCCCCACAGAAGGAUAGUGUUACAUGCAGUUUCCUUCUUCGGCUUUUGAGAAUGGCAAACAUGUUGAAGGUUGCACCUGCUCUGGUAACUGAAUUGGAGAAACGUGUGGGAAUGCAGUUUGAACAGGCUACUUUGCCUGACCUGCUUAUUCCUUCAUAUAACAAGAGUGAGACCUUAUAUGAUGUGGAUCUUGUUCAUAGGCUUUUGGAACAUUUUUUGGUUCAGGAACAGGCAGAACCUUUGAGUCCAAGUGGGCAGUCUUUCUCCGAGAAGCAAACAUAUGAAGGGAAUCCCAGAAGUAAUCCACCUAAUGCAAAGAUGAGAGUGGCAAGGCUCGUCGAUAGUUACCUUACAGAAGUAGCCAGAGACAGAAACCUUUCCUUGACAAAGUUCCAGGUCUUAGCAGAGGCCUUGCCCGAAUCAGCGAGAACUUGUGAUGACGGACUUUACCGUGCAGUAGAUUCGUUUAUAAAGGCUCAUCCAACACUCUCUGAACAUGAGAGAAAGAGGCUCUGUCGUGUGAUGGACUGUCAGAAACUGUCCAUGGAUGCUUGUAUGCAUGCUGCACAAAAUGAAAGGCUUCCACUGAGAGUAGUGAUGCAGGUCCUAUUCUCUGAACAAGUAAAGAUAAGCAAUGCCAUAGCAAAUAACUCCCUGAACGAAACUGGAGAAUCUCAUUACCAGCCAAUAAUAUCUGCUCGCAAGGCCUUGCUUGAAGGGACUCCACAAUCCUUCCAAGAGGGAUGGGCAACAGCAAAAAAGGACAUUAACACACUUAAGUUCGAACUUGAGAGCAUCAAGACAAAGUACCUUGAGCUUCAGCAUGACAUGGAAAACAUGCAGAGACAGUUUGAUAAGAUGCCAAAGCAAAAGCAGUCAUCAGCAUGGACCACUGGGUGGAAGAAGCUGAGUAAAUUCACUAAAAUGACUGCUUUGGAGACCCAGGACAUUGGGUCACAGAUGCCAACUGCAGCAGGACAGACAAGAAAGCCUACCAGAAGGUGGAGGAAUUCUAUUUCCUGAACAAUGAGGUAGACAGGGUUUUAAGGUUACAGGGAGUGAUAC